CCUGUGCGGGUCUUCCUUGUAUCCGGUGCUGGUGUCCAUCAUUCAAGAAAGCUGUUCCUCCAUUCCGGAGGGUUCAGAGCAGACCCACGCGAAUGAUUCAGGGACUGGGAAACGUGCCUUGUGAUGAAAGAUGUUUCCAAUGGCUUUGGGGAAAGUUCUCAUGUGAAGAUUGCUCCUGGAGCUGUUGUCUGCGUGGAAAGUGAAAUCAGGGGAGAUGUAACUAUCGGACCAAGGACAGUGAUUCACCCUAAAGCGCGAAUCAUUGCAGAAGCAGGACCAAUAGUGAUUGGUGAAGGCAAUCUCAUAGAAGAGCAGACAUUGAUCAUAAAUGGAUAUCCUGAAAAUAUUUCACCAGACAUGGAAGAGGUGGAAGCAAAACCAAUGGUCAUUGGCACCUAUAAUGUUUUUGAAGUUGGCUGUUGUUCACAAGCAAUGAAAAUGGGAGAUAACAACGUAAUUGAAUCAAAAGCCGUUGUUGGUCGGAAUGUGAUUCUGACCAGUGGCUGCGUCAUCGGGGCCUGCUGCAACAUCAACACAAAUGAAGUGAUCCCGGAGAACACAGUCAUCUAUGACGCGAAGUGCCUUCGCCGAGUGCAGACUGAACGGCCACAGCCACAAACACUACAGCUGGAUUUCUUGAUGAAAAUCUUGCCAAAUUAUCAUCAUCUAAAGAAGACCAUGAAGAUGACAUCUACUCCUGCGAAGAGCUGAGAGUUUUCCCCCCAAGUACCAUUCCCUCAUCGGCAAAAGGAGUUGAUUUGGGAAUUGUCCCUCCAUUUCUAGCACUCCAUACGCACGGGAGGUAGCUGAUCUUUCCUCAUGUGUUCCAUUGGGAGAAAACUUUUUUUUUUGUUUUUUACUAUUUAUAUUUAGUAAAAUAUCUGGCUCUGAAGUCUGA